AUAGUUGAGAUUUCGAUAUCAGGCAUUUCUGGGGGCGGUGGCGUGAAUAUGGUGAUGCUUUUUGAAACUGAGAUUAUUAUCUGAUUCGUCAAUCUCGUCCUUAUCUUAUCAACUGGAUCUGAGCUGUUUCUUCAAACAUUAUUUCUGUGUUUUUUGGGAAAUAGAGGUUUCUUGGAGUGGGAAGAAAUCUUUGUAAUUUUCUAACGAAUUUGGGUCCUCUUGAAAGUGGAUAAAGGGGGGAUUCUUGCUGGUAUUUUGAACUGGGUCUGAUCUGUUUUUCACAAUUUGUGGAUUUUUGACUAAAAAAAUUGUUUUGAAGGAGAGGAGUAUUAGGUUUUCAUUAGGCUUUCGGGAGUGUCUUAAAAUUGGGUGAAGGUGUUCGUUUUGUUACCAUCGACUAAUUUCCUGAAAUGAAUUUGAGGUGUUCUAGGUGAUUCUGUUUACACAGAAGGAUGCGAUAGUUGGUAUUUUUUUGGUAACUUUUUUCUUAUUUAGUUUAUGGGAUUUGACGAUAUUUGAUUUUGUUUAAGAUGGGAUUAAGCGGUGAUAGCUUGGAGGUGGGGUCUUGGGAGGUGGGGAAAUCAAAGGGGAGGAAGAAGAAGAAUGGUGAUGCUGAGGAGGAGACUGGCUGUUGGAUUAAGUUGAGAUAUAUUGGUAGCUGUAUUUCUUCAAGAUCAAAAGUUGAUAGCUCACUUAGUGGCAUCAGCACUCAUGAAAGUAAAUCUACAGACGAUACUAGCAGAGGUGAACCAGUUGUCCCUGUAAUUUCUUUCACCACCACGAGCAAUGCUGAAAGCCAUGCUUCUAGCUCCAAACUUGAAGAGGAACUUAAAGUUUUUUCUCAGCUACGAAAAUUCACAUUCAAUGAUCUCAAGGUAGCCACAAGAAAUUUUAGGCCGGAAUCUCUUCUUGGUGAAGGGGGAUUUGGUUGUGUAUUUAAAGGAUGGAUUGAAGAAAAUGGAACAGCACCAGUGAAACCCGGGACGGGACUUACCGUUGCUGUGAAAACCCUAAAUCAUAAUGGGCUUCAGGGUCACAAAGAAUGGCUGGCUGAAAUAACUUAUCUGGGUAACCUCCUUCAUCCUAAUCUGGUUAAAUUAAUUGGUUACUGUAUUGAGGACGAUCAAAGACUGCUAGUUUAUGAGUUCAUGCCUAGAGGAAGCUUGGAGAACCAUUUAUUUAGAAGGUCUCUGCCUCUUCCAUGGUCUGUCAGGAUGAAAAUUGCUUUGGGUGCUGCCAAGGGUCUUACUUUUCUUCAUGAGGAAGCGGAAAGGCCAAUUAUAUGUCGUGAUUUUAAGACCUCUAACAUCCUAUUAGAUGCAGAGUAUAAUGCCAAACUUUCUGAUUUCGGACUUGCUAAAGAUGCUCCGGAUGAAGGGAAAACUCACGUUUCCACACGUGUGAUGGGAACAUACGGUUAUGCAGCUCCGGAAUAUGUCAUGACCGGGCAUCUUUCAUCAAAGAGUGAUGUCUAUAGCUUUGGUGUUGUUCUUCUUGAAAUGCUUACGGGUAGAAGAUCAAUGGACAAAAACCGGCCUAAUGGAGAGCACAACCUCGUGGCAUGGGCCAGGCCUUAUCUGACUGACAGGAGACGAUUUUAUCAUGUGAUAGAUCCUCGACUUGAAGGUCAUUUUUCCAUAAAAGGUUCUCAAAAAGCUGCAGAAUUGGCAGCACGUUGCCUUAGCCGGGAUCCCAAAGCCAGGCCUCAGGUGAGUGAGGUCGUCAAUGCCUUGAAGCCUUUGCUGAACCUCAAGGACAUGGCCAGCUCAUCGUACUCCUUUAAGACAAUGCAAGCCGAACGUGUUAGACCCAGCCAAAAUGCUAACAAUGGGCUUUGGACUCGAGGAUCGUUCAUGAAAAACGAUCAACAACAUCCACGAAGCCUCUCAAUACCGAAUGGUUCGCAUGUUUCUCGACACCAGCAGUCCGCUAAUAAUUCACCAAAGCCAGAUGGUAAACCGUAGAACUGGAUUGGAACAUGUGUUCCUUCUCCAAGUUUUUGACCAUUCUUUUUUCGUAUAGCGUGUUGAAGAACAAGUAUUGUGCAAUUCUCAACCACUUGUAGGAGGAGAUAAUGGAGAUCGUGUUGCAUUUGUUCGCUAAUCUGUUAUUUAAAUUCAAAUUCAAAUAUCAUGAUGUGUAGAUUAGAGUUAUCAUGGUAUCCUUUGUUACAAUAUAAAUACACAUGCACAUAGUUCAGUUUGAAUGACAAAAAAUAUAUGCAGACUUCUAUUUCA